AUGCCGAAGAAGAAGCGGGGUAAUAACAAAGGUAAGCCGCUCGUCGAGUGGUGCGACGAGAACGGCGAGCACGGGACGAGGCUGCUCCUUGAGUACAAGGACAAGCAACGGAAGGUUGGGCAGGUUUCGUAUGGGUCGAACUACAAGGCGCUGUGGAGGUGCGUCCUUUGCCGUACCGAAUGGCGAACCGAGGUGCGCAGUCGCACUACAGGUAAAAACAUCCAUCCGACUGGUUGCCCGGAAUGCAAGGUCUCCGGAGGCGCGAUAAAGCAUGCCACCGCGACCGACAACUUCCUCACGUGGUGCGAAGAGAACGGGCAGCUCGGGGAAAAACUUCGACUCGAGUGGUGCGACGACAACGACAAGAAGCCCACCGAUGUGAUGAGAGGAUCGAACUACAAGGCGAAGUGGAAGUGCAGCAUCGCGGAGUGCGGUCAUACGUGGAAAGCGACGGUGGCCUCCCGCACGAAGAGUUUCAAACCCACCGGGUGUCCGAAGUGCCACCCGCCUUACGCCAACCUCAGAAAGCGCCAACGGAACGACGCGUGA